UGACAGAGAGAGGGUACUCUACAGACCUCCCUCAGGUCUCCUGUCCGUCCACUCCUCCCUCUCCUCCUCCGUCCUUUCUCUCUCCCCCCCUCCUCUCUCCCCUCUUCUCAGCCAGCGCAGAUAAGAAGGGGGCAGAGGCAAUUCCCUUCAGCCACUUCUAAAACUGGAGCCACCAGAGAAGAGUGGGAGUACGAAGAUAUUUAGCUCUUCAGCUUCACAGACUGUUUGGACACAACUGCUCAUCAUCUUCACAUUACUUCUGCUUUUAAAUUUGUAGCUUUGCGUUCCCCCUUUUUGUUUUGCAGAGUGGAUCUGGAUCUGCACCUGAUACCUUAAGGAUAAAAACAUGCAACAGCUGAUCAGUCGAGCUAAUAUAUCAGCCCUAAAAGUUCUUUAUUACCUGGAUGAACCCGGCCUCAGAAAACACGAUUAAGACCAAACAACGAAGACAGAGGAGAGAGGAAUCCUUGGACAUCUUCACCACAAAUGAAGGAGACCAUUCAGUGUGAGACCUCUGCGAUGCUUUCCACUUUCAUUUCCAAAAACUGUGAUUGAAACUGAAGAGAACAAACUAAGACAGACUGUGCUGACACUCUUGUUCAUAUCCUGCACACAGACGUUUUCCUAAACUUAAUCGGGGUCAGAGUGUGAAUGAGCUUCCUUUGACCCUCUUCUGUGCUGAGAAAUAAACACUUUCAUAUAAUUAAAGAGAGUGUCAUGAAAGGCUUAAGUCUCAGCCGGGGGUUGCUGGUCCUUCUGCUCCUUUGGACUUUGUCAGCUGUCAUUGAUGCAGGCAGCGCAGAACGAGGAGUAUCUGGAAGAAGGAGAGGAGGAAGUGGUGGCGGCGCCGGCGAGAAAAGGAGGAAGUUGCACCGCAUCCAGCACGGCCAGUGCAGCUACACCUUCAUCCUGCCAGAGCUGGACGGAUGCCCCGGUGGAGGGUCGCCAUCACAGACGCAGCACUAUGGUGGCUUUCAGGGCGGGCCGGGUGUCGUGCAGAGAGACUCGCCGCCUGCUGACAGCGAAUGGUCGGCUCAGAAACUGCAGCACCUGGAGAGCACGAUGGAGAACAACACACAGUGGCUGCAGAAGUUGGAGAACUUCAUUCAGAAGAACAACAGGCGUGACGUUGCCAACAUGCAGUCGCAUGUCGUUCACAACCAAACGGCCACGAUGCUGGAAAUCGGCACGAACCUGCUCACGCACACAGCAGAGCAGACACGCAAGCUCCAUGUGGUCGAAGCAAAGGUUCUAAACCACACAUCUCAGAUAGAGAUAAAGCUUCUGGAGAAUUCUCUGUCCACCAACAAGCUGGAAAAGGAACUGUUACUGCAAACUUCAGAGAUCAGCCGGCUGCGAGAUAAGAACAGUCGUUUGGAGAGCAAAGUUCAGAUGUUGGAGUCUAAGCAGCGAGGAGAGCUGGAGGACAUGAGACAGGAGAAGAACAGACUUCAAUCCGUCAUCAGGACUCAGAUGGCGGCCAUCGAGUCUUUGGAGAGGCAGCUGAGAGUCGCCAGCACCAACAACACCGCCCUGCAGAGACAACAGACGCAGCUGAUGGAGUCUGUCCACACGCUCCUUAACAUGGUGGCUAGUACUACAGCUGUGCCUCCCAGGAGCCAGACGUGGAGGGACUGUGCAGAUGCUUACAAGGCCGGUCACUAUGUGAGCGGUCUGUAUCACAUCUACAUCGGCAACAGGACUCAACCUGUGCAGGUUUACUGUGACAUGGAGACGAGUGGUGGAGGCUGGACAGUCUUCCAGAGACGGUUUAAUGGCAGCGUGGACUUCCAGAGGAGCUGGAGGGAGUACAAAAUGGGUUUUGGGGACGUGUUGGGCGAGCACUGGAUGGGUAAUGAAGUUUUGCACCUGCUGACCAAUCAAGGUGUCUACUCUAUGAGGGUGGAGAUGAUGGACUGGGAGGGAAACUCCGCCCACUCCCACUAUGACCGAUUUACACUGACCAGUGAGCGACAGCAGUACAGGUUGCAUCUGAGAGGUUACAGUGGCACAGCAGGAAAGCAGAGCAGCCUGACCACCCACGGGUCCGGCUUCAGCACCCAAGACAAAGACAACGACAACUGUGAACACUGCAAAUGUGCCAUGAUGCUCACUGGAGGUUGGUGGUUUGAUGCCUGCGGUUUCUCCAACCUAAAUGGUGUGUACUACUCCAUCGGCCAUAACAUCAGGAAGCUUAACGGCAUCAAGUGGCACCACUUCAAAGGUCCCAGCUACUCCCUGCGCGCCACCUCCAUGAUGGUACGACCCUACGACUUUUAAAGGCACCCCUCACCCUCCACGAUGGUUUGAUCCAACGGAGCUUAAAUACCACAGCGGUAUCGAUCUUCGACUCCUCCAAAAUACCAUCCUAAUGAUAGCAAAGCUUCAAAACAAUGGCUUCCACCUUCACCACCAUCAUGGUACAACCCUAAAACACCUCUUGGGUCUGAUAUGGUACAGCCCUGAACUGAGGAAAUAGUGACUUUAAAACAAUAAUGGUUAAAGUCAUGUGACUCACGAGGACCUUGUUUGUUACAUGUCUCCUGGACUUGUUUUCAUAACCAAGGAUCAUAUUGAGGAAAAUAAGGGAUGGAUCAUGUAAGAAAAUAUCUAGUCUGCUUGAAAUGUGAUUGUCAUUUAAAUAUGAUGAUAAUGGCACACAUUUUCAGCCAGUCUGUGCUGGAAGCUAUUAAAAUGGUUGUGCUGGUUUGUACACAUGAGAAGUGCCAAAAGCGUUCACCCACACAGCCAGCCAGUCGCUGUGAGACGUGGGUUGGAUUGUUGCUUUUGGGUUGGAAAGGUACACUCUGUGGUACUCAGUCACUCCACCCCAGCUGGUACAGAAAGGGUGACUGGGUGGUUUCCAGAGCUGGAGCAUACUGGCAGCUUCACGGUACUUUCCUAUAUGACAUUUAAGAAUGAGUUGAAUGGUAAAAGGCAUGAAUGUGGACCCUCGUAGCUCAGGCAUCGUUUUUACUGAAGGAUGAGUCGGCACUACUGUAGCCUGGGCUCCCCCCAUUAAACUGUCACUGUCUAAUAAAGACUGUAAAUAGGAAUAAAUAAUAUUAUCCAUAUAUCUGAAUUGAAAUACCUCUGUGGCUAGCAUGAAGGUAUUCACCUACUAUUUCAGGAGUGAAUACAAGAUUCUCUCUGAUAUCAUCAGUGUGUUUAUAGUGCCACUAUCUAUGACCGGCACCGAAACACUGCAAAGAUAGCAGAUGUCCGUGUCUAUAGGAGGUGCUACGGCCUCUGUCUGCCAUAUCACCUUCCCAGUCACAGUCCUAAGGGAUAACUGGCUCUGCACCAGCACAACAGUGGAAAAGAGGUUUGAGUGAUUGGCUGGUUUUUGGUCUUUGGUGAGCAUUUGCAUUACAUGUGUCAUAAAUGUCAUUGCAUGUGGAAGCACUGCAACAUGUUAAUCAACAAACCAGAUAUUUCACAGACAGUGAUUGUUUGUUAACAGAUAUCAAAAGACUGUGGACAGACUGCAGAUUUCAGGAUCUGGAAAUGUACCUUCCAGAUGGUACACAGGGCAGCAAAUUAUACAAACUCAUCAUUUUUGUUGUGUGAUUGUGAAACCUCAGCGCUAGCGUUUUGGUCCCUGCCAUAUUGGGCUCUUGGAGCCAGAAGUGGCCAUAUUUGGAUAAAAGGGUGGCGUUCCGAGUUACCAAUUCCUGGAAACCUUGGUGAGGAGCUCCAUCUCUCAAACAGAUCCCUGCAAAUUGCUAACACACUAUUCAAAUACUAGAAUUUCACUCAUCAAAACUGGAGCACAAACUUUUUGGACAGCCUGCACCACACAGCACGCCAUGUUAUUAGUCAGAUAAUUGUCAGAUCAAAACUGCUCCAACAGGGAGCAGGAUGGCAAACAUGAUGCAGUGACUCUAAGCAGCAGCUCUGUGACAGCGAGCAGCCACAGCAGCCUGUAAGCCUCCAAAUACUGAAACAGGUGAGUUAGCAAAAAAUAUUCACAACCUUGUUUUUGUUGUAAGGGCUAAAGGACCUCUAUGACUUUGCCCUGUGAUUUCUGUUGCUGUGAGUCUUUCUAUGGAAAAAGUCUAUGUUUAAGAAAACGUUAAUAUAAGGCACGUGAAAACAAGCAGUGAGAAUAUUGGAGUUUAUUACAAGGACAGCCUAAUACUGAGAGAUAUGUGACUGAGCAAAGAGUGGAGUUUGCUUUCACAACCCACUUUUACUUGGACUGUUUUUAAAGGAAGGCAGCGUUUCCACAUGUUUAUCAACAAUUUUAUAAACGUGGACGGUAAAACUGGUGUGACUGCCAGAACAUGAAUCAGAUCAAACUGAUGAAAAGCGAGAGUCACGUUGAGGAUUGAUCUGAUUAGCUGGAACAACAUCAGGAGCCACAGCGGAUGAUGUCCAGCAGGAGAAGGUGAUUUUCUUCCUGCUCGCCUCCUCCUUUGGGUGGUUUCAAUGCGCGGUGGUGGACGGUCCAUCCUGGGAAUGUCCUGGUGUGAGACUGGAUGUCAUUGUGGGAUGUCUUAGAUGCCAAAUCAGCACAUCUCAGACUCUACUUAAAGUGCACAGCGUUGAUUGAAGCUUGUGCAUCAUAAAUAGAGAAUGAUGCAUGAGACACGCAGCUGGAGAGACCCUGAACGCUCUGGUUUUCAUUAUUGGUCAAGAAAUAAUGGCAAGCAGAUUGAGAUUUUUCAUGAAUAAGUAAUCACAUGUUUGCAUAUGUCAACACUUAAAGAACUCUACAGGAAGAAAGGAGGCAAACAAAACACAGAUCAACCUUUUUCUGCUGUUUUGUUUUGGAUGAUGAGCAAAGAAAAGAAUUCAGUGAAAGUGAACUACACGCCAGUGAUUUACCGAAUUCUGAAGCUAAGUAAUGUUGCUAUAAUUAUCUUCCUAAUACGAACAAUAUGGUGAUUUUUUUGUCUCUUGUUGGUCUCUGCUCUUCAUUAUUGCACAAAAAAAACAAACCAAAUUCCCACUGCUCUCUACAAACAAUAAAUGAUUUACAAGAUAUGAUUUUAUGAUUUCUGGUUGUGAACUGUUCAUUUUUUCUAUCUCAUGAAAACACUCUCAAUCUGUGGGCCCCCUGCAGCCGGGCAUCCAGAUAGUAUGCAGUGAAACUGAGGCUCCAUUAAAUUACUGUGCAGUAGAUACAGUGUAGCUGCAUGAACUGCACCGUCUAUGGUCCACUUGGUAGUAAUAUGCAGUAAAAACAUCAUGUUGAUUAACACAAGGAUAAUGUCUCUGUUAAAUGAGAUCUAAUGGGCUGUAAUUGUGUCUAGCUUGCUCACAGUGGUAAUGUGCUAAUGCAACAACUAUCAGUCUGCCAAAGUAAACGUGUGUGCAAUAAUCAUUUAAAUUGUUCUGACAACACGAGUGUAAACUCAGUCGGUUCUGAAGUCUUCUACUUUUCACACCGUUCAAAAUUCAUCAGAGUCCAACAUCAGCAGAGCAACGCAGACACACGAGCACAGAGCACAGGACGAUAAAUCAAGCUUAAAAUUAAAUUAUAUAAUUUAUGUUCAGAAAAUAAACACAUGUUUUAAUGCUAUCAUGUUGACGUUCAUGUAAUUAAAAGUCAACUUGGGUCAUAUUUUUAAUAAAUAAAGGAAAAAUGUUG